CUUCCGUGGCUCCGAGCUCAACCGGGUCAGUUCGUCGUCGCUCGUACACAAGCUCGGACCUACAGUGUGUAGCGUUCUCCGUACAGUCUUCUCCGUACCCACUGUACUGUUACUGUUAUUGAUCGGGUGAUUGGAUUGCUGACUCACGUCAAUGGCUGUCGGCACACAGAAUCAGCCAUCAACGAGUGCAAAGCGUGACAUAUGACAUUUUGUUAACGCAGACCGUCGGGUGUAACAUUUACCAUUAACCUCACACUGUAAUCAGGGAGGUUUGCGAGCUAGUAAUCAUCCAGCAGUUGAAUCUCAACUCCUAUCAGGACUUUGAGACUAUUAUUUUCCCGUGGCAUCCGUUUACGACAUAUGAUAGCAACUACAACAUGUGACGUCACAUUUGAAAACAGCCACGUCUUCACGGACAUUGUUAUAUAAACCUCACUGUCAGACUAGACAGAAUAUAGUGUCAAGAGUAGACAGUAUAGUGUCAAGAGUAGACAGUAUAGUGUCAAGAGUAGACUAUAGUGUUCCUGGUCCAUACUGUAACUUGGGUCAAAGAACAGGCUCCGUCGAAAACGACGUCGGGUGACGUGAAGGCGACGUUUUUUUCUGUAUUAACAUCCGGUCAGACUUGACGUACCCGCCGGAAGUUGUUAUUCAGCAUAUAAAACCAGUGACAAGUGAUCUUGUGUGACAUUUGUCUGAGUUGGGAAAUCUCUAAUACUAUACCACUGACACUGACUGAGUCAUCUCCUGUGUAACUGAAUCUCAAGGACGUCUCAUACAUUAUGUGGAUGUGAAAACUGAAAAAGUUUCAUUUUCUGCAACACUCGUGUCGUGUACCUCGAACAACUCGUGAUUUGAUUUCGAUUCUAAUUUCAUCAUCAACAAUGUCACUUCAAACGACCAAGUUGUACAAGAGCAUCAUAAAUGACGACCUGGACCAGAUCGUACUCCAAAUGCUUAACUAUGUGCGUGGUGGGGGAGACAUGAACGUGUGUGACGGCGUGACGGGAGAGACGUUCAUGCACCACGUCAUCAACCACGUUCACAAGUUCAUGGACCCGAAGACGGUCUCUCUGUUGUAUCUGCUGGCCUGUAAACCCAUUGACCUGAACGCACAGGACUCGGAUGGAAAUACGGCCCUGCACAAGGUGGUCAGAAAGAAGGGAGCAUACAGGGCAAUGGUGGCCCUCAUCAGGUGUGGCGGUAGUAUGGACGUGAAGAACAAGAAAGGCUACACCCCUGAGGACAUUCUUCUGAAAGAGAAACCAGGCGGUUGGGAGGAAAUGCUGCACUGGUACCGGAAGUUCAAACCAGGCCUUUGGGCAGCAGUGUUUGCCCCGAAUCCAGACAAACGUGUCAUAGAGCGCCUGCUGAAGUCGUGGUGUCGGGUGACGGUGUUUAAGAAUGGUAAAGUGACCAACAUGAAGUGUCUUGCACACGCUAAGGCUGGACAGCUGGGCAUCGUCUAUCUGCUUGAGAAAUAUGAAAACACCAUAGAGUUUGCCCUUGGGGUAAUGGCGGCGGUACAGAGACUGUGUGGGAUGUGGAAGGAUCUCGGUUUUGACAGAAACACCGUUGACGUGAACACAAAGGACCACUCGUACCAGUUCUCGUACCCAGACUUCCCUGAGGAACCACAGCCAUUGUUGGCAGCAGCUUGGGAGAAAGACGUGUUUGAGGUGUUGGAAUUCGUGAUGACGUUCAAACCAGACACCAACGUUCUGUACGCUCCCAUCUCAGACCCACAGAUGUCGCCCAAUCCACUCUUUUUUCAUAUGUUCUCCGGACCGGGCGGACCAAAAGAUGAGCGGAUAGUGCACUGUGUUCUGAAAAACUCUGACUUGACCGCUAGGGGGCGCCAAGGAGGCACAGUUCUGUUGACCGCCAUAACGUCCAACCAACCGGAACACAUUAUCAGAGCGUUGUUCGACUACGGUGUUAACGUAGCAUCGCGUGCACGUUGUGGACGUACAGUACGUGACAUUGCCCAGGGAAUGGGGAAAUCCAAUUAUGUGCAGAUGAUUGACGACCAUGUGAUCGACAUUAUAAAUACCUGUGACAUUGAACGUCUGGAGACUAUGAUCCUUCAAGCGUAUGACCACAUUCUAGACAUCACGGACGAGAAGGGGAGGAAUGCUCUUCAGCUUGCUCGGAAACAAGACUCAAAGCAGUUGGUGACCAUCCUACAAAACAUUGUCGCGACUCAGGAUAAUGCCAAGAAGGUAUUCCUGGCCAUCGACAGAGGCAACAAGCCCAUGGUAAAGAAGUUGUUGACGAAGAAGUAUGCCAACGCCCUGGACAGAUGCAGUCGGACCGUGCUUCACCACGCCCUGCUGCACCGUCAGGCAGACAUUGUCCGCACCCUCCUUGAGGACUACCCCCAGCUCAUCAAUAAGUUUGAUUGUAUGGGCCGCACACCUCUCCACUACGCCAAUCUCUUCAUGGACCAAGAUACUAUUGGUUUUCUGCUGAAGAAAGGCGCAAACGAGAACACAAAAGAUACUCAAGGUUUGACCCCCCGGGACUACAGUAAAAUUGCGUGCAGCCCCCACGAGUUCCAGGUGCGACAAGCCGAUGUUGAGGAUUUCGACCUGGAAAUAUUUCUAGGAAUGACCAACUUCUUCGACACUUUCUACCACGCGUGCAGGACCGGCGACUUGACGACGGUGAAGAACCUAACGCUUGGUCUGAACGAACACGGUGCCCAGCAUAGGUUCAGCAACGCUUUGUUUGAUUGUUUGGACCAUCGCCAGUAUAAGGUGGCAGAGUUCCUCGUCAAGAAUGGCUUCAGUACAGACGUCUGGAAACAGUAUGAAGAAUGUGACCCCGAUGACCCCAUGUGCUCGAUGAUGGAAUGUAGUCACACGGUAGUGACACUCCGGCAACGAGCUGUCAACGUGGGUGCCAAGGACAUCGUCAUGCUCAUUGACAACGUCGCCAGCGGAAAGUUGAAAACAUUGAAGCCCUCGACAGUGUUCCACUGUGAAAUUGUUCGUGUGUGACGUCGUAACAUUAUUCUUCAUAUAUAUCUGUUCACGUGUACUUGUGUCAAAACUCCCUCUGUGCGACGGUGUAACAUAUGAUGUUCUAAGUCUUUACGGGGGCUAGCAUUGUUUUAGGUUGAUCGUGUCAAGAUCACAAAUGUUUCACAAGAGUUGUAUGCAUACGUUAUUUGAUAACAUAAUAUGUUUGCGCAAUAUGUACUACUGGGGACGUGACUGUGCAUACAUACUUUUGAUAUUCGAAAGCAAAUGUUUUUUUGGUCAUAAAUAUUGGCUUUAAGAAAGUGUUUCCCCUCCAACUGUAAGCUAGAAUACAUUUCUGAUGGAAUUAACAAUUAAAUGAAAGGACAUACUUCCUUUUAUGUCAUAUAACUUACAUCGAGUCCCUCGCGCGUUAUUUGAAAAUAUGUUAGGGAAAAAGGCCGAUUUGUUCAACUUCAAGAAAAUAUCUGCCUAUGUGAAAGUCCGUUGUUUACGAUAUCUUUUACCGUAAGUGUGUACUGUCCAUAUCUACAUCUCCAUCCAAAUUCAGUUUGCGUCAAAGAAUUGCUCAUGUUUAAAGAUUAGACACACGCUUCCUAAAAGCCUCAUCUUUUCUAUUACACAUUUUCAAUCUACAUUCGGUUUUGUAUACGUCCAAAACAUGCAGGUGAUGCAAGGAACAAGGUUUCAUUCACAUUCGUAUAAAUAUUUGAUAAAAUUUAUAACGUCAUAUUCCCAUUGAUCUACACGAACCUUUACCAUACAAUGUCCUUUUUACAAUUUUAAGCGUAUAGGCCAUAACAUGUGAAUUUCUAAUUAUUAUUUAAAAUGAAAAUCAUGAAAAUGCUUAUCAGAUACCAGUACGGAUACAUUUCUGGAAGAAGAGGGGAAAUUUGGGUAAUCAAAAUCUACAAAUCUAACUGUUAUCAAAAAUAAUAUAUGCACAGUUACUUUGUCCAACAUUGUAUAUAAGUCUACCCACUUGUGUUACAUAUUAGUCUUAGAUGUACCAACACUUGAACCUGUGAUGUCAUUCGGGUGUGUCAUGCCCCUGUCUUACUUCAUCAUCAACAACAAACAAUGUAGAUCAAGGAUAUUAUGUUAAAUAUGUCUCCACAGAAAUGCUUUUAGAUCAUUUUCAGGUGCUAAGUUGACAUUGUAUCCAAAAGCAAUUUGGGAGCUCAUCUAGUUUUAAUUUCAAAAUCCUUGAAUGUGUGAACCAAAAUCCGCCCAGCAGGCCAUCUCUUAACACAGGCAUGUGAUAAAAAAUAUAAUUUUUGAAAGAGACUGUUAUACAUGAACAUUUUUAAUUUUCCUUUGUCUAUAUUGUAGUGUAGAUAUGUUUUGAAAUAUGUAUCAUGGCGUCAGAGGCACGCCGUUUUAUAACUGCCAUUGUUGAUUACUGGUUCAUAUAUAUAUGCACAUGUACUGAUGACCUUGAAGGUACUUACUGGAAACAUGCAAGCUUUACUUUGUCAGGAAUGGGAACCCGUUACAGCUGUUCAUUUGACCAGUCGCUGUCUCAAGCUUAUUCUGAUGAUAAGGCCAUGACAAAAUGAUAUCAUGAGGUCGAAAUAACCGUUACAGUUGUUGUUGUUUGUUGUUUUACGCCGCACUCAGCAAUAUUCCAGCUAUAUGACGGCGGUAUAACCGUUACAUGUUUGUGGGUGAAAAAACCCUGGUUCUCUAUAAGCAAAAAUCUCAAUAUCGAUGAACUCUGAUUAUUAAGACUCCACUGGACCAUGCCUUGUUAAAUACGACCGGGGUAAUAAGUCUACAUCACGUACAUCUACUGUAAUAUUGCUAAGUGUUCGGCGUUAAAUAACAAA